CUCAGGUUUGGCAGUUUCCAUCUGACUCAGUGCUGAGGAGAAGCAAAAUGGGUUUUCUGUCUGCAACUUACUUUGUUGUAUGAAAGGAAGCCAUCUCUAGCCAUGUCUGGACCUCAGCCACCUUCAUCACAACAGGGAAAGCCCCGGAAAGGAGGAGGUGGACAAGGUUCUAGAUGUGGUGGCCGGGUCAUAGUUCACCUACACGCCGUGACCGAUGAACAGGCUGCGCUACUUAUGGAUACAGUGAAUGCGCGUCCACUGGAGGAGGUCAAGAAGAAGACAGGCGCUGAUGUACACUUUGACCCCAACCCGUCACCUGUACCAGGUAUGAAGAUUGUCAUCAUCCGCGGUGUCCCAUCUCAGAUCGAGGAGGUCGUCAGGCUCAUCAGGCAGAUGACUGGUAGUCAGGCAACACUCGCAGAAGAAGUUCAGACAUUCUGGCUCCAGUGGGUUGAGGCCGCGUACCCUGACCUCGAGUCUCGCGCCUACUUCCUGCCUCCUGUCUACUUCAACCGCGUGCCGAUGACCACAGAGACAGUUGCUGGUCAGGAUUUUCAGGAGGAUAUUGUCAAGAUGAGAAAAAAGCUGAAAGACGCCGUGUCACAGGACAAUGCUGGAAAGGAGGCCCUGGAGGAGAAAGUUCUAGAGGCGGCGGAAGAGUCGAAGUUUACCUACACGCCGUGA